AUGGCGGCAGCAUCAGCCAGAGGCCUCUCAGCCCCAAACCAGCCUCCCCCUGUGGCACAUCGUGCCGAGGCUCUGUACAGUACAAUUGGUAGGACACCGUUGAGAUCAGCUUCGCAGUCAAUGACGUCUUUGAACUGCUCAAAGAAGUUCAAGACGUUCAUUGACUUCGAAGCUGAUCUCAUCGGUUGUCAUGACAAUUACUGGUACAGAGCGCUGCAGCGCGGUGCCACAGGGGGAGGUGGGGGUUGGGGGCUGAGGCGGCUCUGGUGA